GACCGAAAAGGUCUCCCCUCUCUCAGCUCUCUGCCUCCCCCCUUCCUCCUCACCCCUCUCGGCCCUGUGUACAGAGCUCCACAUUGAGUUCAGCCCCUUCAGUUCAGCUGGAGGCUCGGGUUUAUCUGGGACCGAAAGGAAGCCAUUCAGGGGCUGCGCGCCGUCAGGUGAAGGACGGCUCCGUUGCGGACGCUGGGGGAGAGUUAGAGAGGACCGGGAUCUAGGGACUUGACCUUUCCGUGUAAUCUUGGGUUUGUGAGGGCGACAAGGAGCAAUGGCGGUGUUCUCUGCUCUUUGGGUGCUCUUACUGUGCCAGCUUUUGUCAUCAUCUUCAGCCCAGGUAAGAGUCACUGAGUGCUGCAUCCAUCCCGAAAUUCAGCGUCAGGUCUCGCGGUGGUUUUAGCGGGUUGCAUUACCCCACAAUAAAAGUUAACGUGUCUUAUAGAUAGGUAAAGCCUAUGUAAUGUAUAUUGUUUAGAAUUGGCCUGCAGGCCCUCUAUAUUAAAACCUGAUUCAUCAUAUAUUUUCCAGUGCAUGUUAUUCUUCCCCUGUAACCAUCAUAGUCUGACUGUAGAUGUUAAUCUGUCACUCCUCAGGCCUCUCAAUUCUGCCUGAUUGUGUGCAGGUGUCUGUGCUUUUUGCACUCUUUGGUGAAGUUGGGGUUAUGUUUUCUCUGAACCUGAGGAAUGCACAGAUUGGAGAUCAGUGCCCCAGCACACAAUGCCACCUCUGUUCAUUCAGACUCUCAGACUGAGCUGAAACUCAGGGGGUUAUUGAAAAAAUGUUCACUAAAAUAACUUUAUUGUGAAUAGAUGAACUGUAAACUCAUUUAUUUUUGUUUUUAUUUAAAAUAUGUAGCCUUCUCUUUGGGUUCUUUGCAUUUACCGUGGAUGUGGUUGUGUCAAGUCUUACGUAGGUUAAGUUCUGUCCUACAAAUGAAGCAAAAUGAUUUCUUGUUUAUAGUUAAAAUUAAACAUUUCAAGACCAAAAUGUAGGCUACUAAAUUUGCCUUCUUCUGUUUCAUUCAUGCCAUAUUACAAUUUUUUUAAUACAUUGAGUUUCUGUGGCAAUGCCAGGAAAAUUGCAUGUGUAACAGGACUGAAAAGUAAGUCUUCUCUUUGAUGACUUUCUGUUGCAGAGGCCGGGCCCCAGAGGAGCCCCAGGGCCCCAAGGACCUCCAGGGCCACCAGGGAAGGAUGGCACUGAUGUGAGUUGAUCUGAGCUCAGCAUUACUCCCUCUCUAAUUUGUUGUCUAAUUUUUGCCCAGUUUAAAUAUAACCAACUCAUGUGUGAAACAAAUAUGUAAAGUGUUUAUUAAUUAUCCAUGAUGAUUAUCCCUUAUGUUGUCUCAUCUUUUUCACCAAAUAAACUAAAAUUAGAAUAAUAUCAUAUAAUAAGCUCAGUGUCUUCAUGUCCCUCUGAAUUCCCUCUCUGUCUCCUUUGGUCUUUUUGUGUAAAUAUGACUGAAAUUUCUCAAGAUGUUAGUUUUUAUCAUAAUAACUCCUCCCAAAGCUCCUCCUACAACAUACUUCUGUAUGUCAGGUAGAAAGAGUUUAUACAUGUGUCGACUAAAUGGAGCUCUGUGCCAGAAAAACAGCCAGGUUGAUUAUCAUGUCCCCAUGUUCCAUAUCCACAUAAUAUUUUAUUAUGUUAUCAAAAAAGGCUUUUAUAUUCUCUUUAUUUCUUACACUCUGUAUAAUAACAGCCUGUGACUGGGUGUGAUGUGGCUUUGUUUGCUCUGGAGAAAAUUGGAUUAUGGGUAAGCCAAGUUAAAAGAAAAACAUUGGAUACCGGAUACAAGAUAACUCUUAAUCUCUUUACACGUUUAAUCCCCGUGCAUUGAAGCGUUUGGUUUUUGUCAAACUUUUCUCCUCAACUAAAAAGAAGUGACUAUUCAGGAAAUCUGAAAUCUCAGAGUUUCUUUUUUUUUUGAAGUUGUGAUUAUUUUUGGGACUCUGGUGAAGUUUAGGCACACAGAGGGUCCAUUCAUACAUUCCCCAACCCUGUGAGACCAUCUAGAGUUUCUCCUCACACCUCCUUCCCUGCAGCUCCAGCCCCCCUCCUCAAAACCAAACUGAAGCUGUGAUCAUGUGACCAGGUAGCAUCGGGUGGUUUUAGUGGUGUUUGCUCUUCCCCCAGCCACUGCGGGGGGAUAAACAUCAAAUCCUUUAGUCUUCUUCCUCCAUAAUCGAACCAUUUAAGCAUAGAGACUAGUUCAGUCUGUGCUGCAAAUGUGUGGCUGCAAUACUUAUAUUCUUUAUUUCUCAUUGGCAGGGCAAACCUGGGCCUCCUGGACUAUCAGGGAAAGCUGUGAGUAUUCCAACAAGUCUGAUUUGUUUAACUUCUAGACUGUCAGAAAAGUAUGGUGAUUGUGGUCAAACAUGUCCCAAGUUUCUUUCCUUUAAUAGAGAUAUUCAGAGCAUAAUUAAAUAUUAGUUUAACCCUUUUUGCCCCUAUCAAAAACUCCCCCAAGAUUAUUCAACCAGAGGAACAAAAGAAGAGGAUUCAGAUUGUCCGUUGGCAAAGACAAUGACUUUACAAAUGUGUCUUUUUAGGGUCCCAAAGGAAAAGCAGGAAUACCGGGGGUAGCAGGGAAACCAGGUCUACCAGGACUCCCAGGGGUGGAUGUAAGUGUCCAAUUAACACUCACACACAGAAAACUCUCAUGCUAACAUCAACACAGCCUGUUUGUCUUUGCAAAUAAAUGUGCUUAAACAGUAUUGUAGUAGAUCACGGAGUCUGACUGAUGUUCUUUUAUUACAGGGUUUGACUGGUCCUGAUGGUCCUGCUGGAAAAGAUGGACCCCCAGGGGAAGCAGUAAGUGUGUGUCAGUCUUAGAUCUUUCUCGGAUGCUGAGGAUACUCCUAAAAGUGCACUCAGCUGGGUUUUAUGACCUCUUCUACUCCAGACUGUCCUCCAUUAAUCAACCGGUUAAAGAGACGAGUAGAGCUUACAGACGCGUAUCUAUGCUAAACCCGUCAUGUUGGUCGGCUGCUGUUGUAUGAAGAUCUAUCAGAGGGUGUAUCGGGGACAAGACCAGUGUUUCCUCUGUCGGCCUGGAUUUGUCAAGGCGGCUCAGCCUCAUGGGGGGAAAUAUUUUUAAUGAGGGAUCAGAAUCGGAUUUAUUUCUGCUGCUUCCCUAAUCCGGCCCGGAAUGCACACUGUUUCCCACCAAUCUGUUAGACUGUAGGUGGAUGAUGAUCUGUUACCCCCAAUGAGAUGGAAACAGGUAUUACCCUUAGAGAGAUACAAAAGACAAAGCAUGGGACUACAUGAGCACUGCUACAUCUAAUGUGGAUAAACAGGAAGGCUGUUAUUUUCCACAUUAGAUGUAAGAUAUGAAAGAAUACAGAUUAAGGGGCCUUCACUGUUAGGCUGCAAAUUCACUGUCAAGACAGAUAAACCCCCCUCCUGGCAAUUCAACUAAUUAGCCAAUCUAAUGAGGAAGCCUGCAUCAACCAGCAUCCCUAAUUACACAGAUACUCCACUGUCAUGGCUGCUUGAUGGUGCUGAUGAGUCAGAAUCAAACUAGUGAUGUCUAAGAGCGUAAGCUAACUGUGCUAGCUCAUUAAAAUAAAGCUGCAAUAAUGAUAAUAGAAAUUUAAGGGAAUGUCUUCUUUUGUACUCAAUUAGUUUUGCUGCAUCACAUCUGGUUUUGAUUUUUCCGCCAGUGCUGUCUCGUUUGCAGGAAUGUGGAAUAGAGGUAACAUGUUUCUGUUAGGCCUGUUUAUUUUGAGUCUGAGACAACACAAAUACAGCUGUGACGGGGGAAACAAACAGGGGAGAACAGUGGCGCCGCAAGAAACCACAAAUGUAUCAGUGGAAGUGUUUUGUAGGAGUUUUAGAUAUAAUGGGGAAAAAGUGAUGAAACAAAAGACAUCCAUGCAACAGGUAUCGUACAGAAAAGUGAAUGCUAGUGAAAAAAGUGAACACAAGAAUGAACAGAUUUCUCACUACACUUGCUGUCAAAGCCACUUAUUUCAAUCAAAACCUCUAUUCUGAAUUGUAGUAUCAUCUUAAAGAUCAGCAACUUUGAGUUUGUGUCGAUUGUAGCGCCAACUGUGGACAGAGCAGGCUUUUCUUAUCUUGUCCUAAGUCAUGUUUUUUUUUUCUUUUUUAGACAUUUCAUUCUGCUAACUUCUGACAGCCAAAUGUACCAUCAAUUAUUAGAGAAAUUUUGCACAUGCUAUAAUUUAUCCCUAUAGUCCUACACUUUUUCUGUGUCCAUUCACUCUUUAUUGUUGGUAGAGUUUUAGAUGAAACACAGACAUAGGCUUUGAAAUCCAGAUUAAGAGUGUAGAUAAUGAUUUUUAAAAGACACUCCUUGUGCUUACUUUUUAUUAGCUGGAGUGUUACAAUUGUCUGAAACAUACAGGAAGUCUUAUAGUUAAAAUCACAGACACUAUAAGCCAGCAAAAACAAAGCAGAUUCAGAUAACACAGUAUGAAUCAUACACAUGAAACACUGGCAGCAACUCAAUGUGGCAAAUACAUGUAUUUUAUUAAUAAAGAGGCCCAAAUACAAAAUUACAUGAACUUGUUUUGUGUCCACAUAUGGCUGAACAAUCCAAUUUGCUCUGUCUGAUAAUGUCACAGAGAUUGAUUUUGUCUUCUUUUACACAGGGUGACGCUGGACCUCCUGGGCCCGCUGGACCUCCUGUAAGUACCUUCAUAAUCUGCGUGACACAAAAACAACCACAAACCAGCGCACAGCAAUCAUUCCUUUAGUCUUUUGAUGUGUAUCUGAGUGUUAUUACAGCGACGACAUUACCUAAGAUCUCCGUUUAUGUCCCCACCAAUCACCACACCUAAAGCAGUUUCUCUUUUUCAGUCUGCAUCUGAUAAUUCUUUGUUCACAAAAUCAAGCGCUUUGUGUUUCUUGUGCAGAGUCAAGGCUAUAACUCAGCUCUAAUAAGACUUUGAUGCCCCUAGGUGAAAAAAAAAAGAUAAUGAGGACCCCUUAAAGCCGCAGUGUCGCUUAUUGUUGGAAGAAGAAGAGAUAAUCAGAUUAUAGCUUUCUGUGAUCCGACUGGGCUGCAGAGGAACAUAUCCAGCUUACAGCGACAACCUGAGACAAACUUUCAAAGUGAAUUUAAUGCAGUAAUACAUCACAGGCUGGAUAUUGAUGCUGGGAGUAAAUCUAAUCACCCUCUCUGUGUUUGUGACUUAAUUUGUCUUCCUGUGUCUUCCGUAGGGCAGAGGGAGACCAGGAGCCGCAGUGAGUACACAGCUCUGCUUUUUUAAGACCAUGCUAAUGUGCAAAAAGACGAAGAGAGAGUGAUGUUUUUGGAUACGUCGUUUUAAAUUAACGUAGCAUGUUCUUUUGUUUCUAGGGACUUCCCGGAACCAAUGGGUUGCCAGGCGGAGUCGGACCUCAGGGUGCAGCGGUGAGUAUCUCUCCGGUUGUCCAAAAAACACAUCCUGUUGUCCUCCACAAGUGGUUACAUCCUUUAAUUGUCAGUGUCUAUUUUAUCACUGAAUGCUCCAUUUAAUCCCCAAUUGGCUGUAAAAAGCAGCUUCCAUAAGUUAUCAUUCAGUUAGUGUAAUGCAGGCAUAACUCCUACAGGAGCUCCUGCAGCAGAAAAGCUUGCACUGAUUGAAAUCGGGCAGUGCUUUACUGUUAGCCGUGAGUACAACCUUUCCCUAAAACCUUAUAUAAUGUAGCUGAAACAGGAGGAUAAGAAUAACCACCUGAAAGGGAGGACACUUCAGUAUGUGGACUGGACCAGUGUUCCCACAUGGUCACACUUUAUAUGGAUUAUCCAACAAUGAUACUCAGAGUCUGGGUUCCUAAAACUUGCCUUUCAUUUCCAGAACAUUUUUGUUUUAUUCCUAUUACUUGUGUUUUUGUUAUUUUUACAAGAUUAGGAUAACAAAAGAGAUCAAGUCAGUUUAGAUGCUGUGAGUCUUAUCAGAUGAUUAUUGUAUUUGACUGUGAUAAAACAAUAGGUCAAAUGACUAUUACUGAAUUUUGCAUCACCUUUGGUAGAUUCUAACAGUAAAAAAAAAUUCACACAUGUAAAAAUGUUCAGUUUGAAAUAACAAUUUGUUGCCUGAUAUGUUUAUUUCAUGGGAAAAGUUCAGUUACCUUGUUACAAAUUCAAAGAAGCACGUCUAGAGAGAUAUCCAAGAUCCAUAAAACAUGCACAUAAAUUGUGAGUGGAUGGCUCAAACUUGUUUCCUCAGUGUUUGUCCGCUGGGGGAUUCAGAUUUUUAAGUAGCAUUUUGGACCAGGAUUAGCUUCAAAACAAGAUUCAAGGGCACUAGAUCCUGCUCCUACAUCCCCGAAGUGAACUUAGACUGAACUUAGCAGUCUCCUAGAUUUAACUAAAGGUAUCAAACUCUGCGACAGUAUGAGGUGAGGCCCAGUUUGAGUGUGUUAACUUCCCUUCGUGCUGUUUCAGAUUUUCUCUGAUUGCUGAAGAAGCUACUAAGCUUUGUGAUUUUUAUUAUCAGGGUGCUGAGGGUCUCCCGGGACUUCCUGGACCUCCUGGUGCUGAUGGACCACCAGUAAGUAACUUUUGUAACAUGGAAGCUACAUGGGUUUUGAAUGUGAAUGGGUUAGUACAGUAACAGAUUUGUUUGGGGAGAGGGUCAUAGAGGAAGAAGGCUCUUCUGUCACUGAAUCGCUGACUCUCAUUUUGUCUUCGUCAGGGUCUUCCUGGUACUCUUCAAGACCUUAGUGGUGACCUAUUGGUAAGUUGUUCACUGUAGGAGCAGCAGUAAUUUGCAGAUACAUCCUCUAUGAUAAGUAUGAGUGGUGUGGAGUCCUCAAUGUUUGUGUCCUCUGUAGUGUCCUGCGAUCUGCCCACCUGGUCCCUCUGGUCCUCCUGGGAUGCCAGGAUUCAAGGUAAACAGAGUUUUCAUCACAGCUUGUUUGUUAUGCAUUAAAUGCAGCCUGAUAUAUCUUUGGGAAAUUUCUGAACUCAUGUCACCUUUAAGAGCACUGUUAGUGUGUAAGUGUGUGUACUUUUUGUUUAUGUAGGGUCACACGGGGCAUAAAGGAGACAAAGGAGAGCUUGGAAAAGAUGGAGAGAAGGUGAGUUUGUAGGUUGUGGAUAUCCAAGUCUUCAUUGAAACAUUGCUGUGGACUUUCCUCGUGAAAGAAGAAACAUCUAUGUUCAAGAAAUUGCGUCUACUGAGUACAGUCUGCUUGUGAUUUGGUGUCCUUUAGUAAGUGUCCUUUUCUGUCUUUAGGGUGAUGCUGGUCCACCUGGCCCACCAGGUAUUCCUGGGACAGUGGGUCUGCAGGUGAGUUUUACUCUCUCCUCAGAGAUUUCUUGAGCAUCCUGCGUGUGUCGAUGUUUUUAUGAAGCGUCAUGGUGCUCAAAUCCUGUGUUUCAGGGCCCACGUGGUCUCAGAGGUUUACAAGGCCCUAUGGGAGCUGUAGGAGACAGAGUAAGCAUCUUUAAGGACGGAUUCAUUCAUUCAUUUUACUAAUCAUGCAAAAACAAGUCACUGGUCAGGUGUUUACACACUGUGUUUCUGUCUCUAGGGUCUUCCUGGUUUCAGAGGCAAACCUGGCAUUGCUGGCAUAAUCGGGAAGACAGUGAGUCUCUCUUAGUUCGCAUCAUAGUUAAACCUAAAAAAAAAACGUAUUUGGUAGCAUAUCACAACUCGGAUAGACGGCUGGUCCCAUCAAUGAAUAGCUGUGUGUGUUUCAUCUGAUGUCUCCAGGGUGACGCUGGAGAAAAAGGACCACAGGGAUUCAGAGGACCCAAAGGAGAAAUCGUAAGGAGACUUUGAUUUGUGACUUUGAGCUUUGCAAGUACAAAUGAGACAUGAAAAUAAAACUGUAAUGUGUCUUUAAACAGGGUAAAAUCGGUCCCAAGGGAGGUCCUGGAGGAGCAGGACCCAAAGGAGAGCCUGUAAGUGUAUCCCAGAAAAUGAUAAUGAUAAUAAUAAUAAUAAGCACAAUGUGUAUUAAAUCACAUACGCUCUACUUCAUGUCUCCUUCAGGGUAUUCCUGGCAGAGAUGGCAAAGACGGAACUCCAGGAUUAGACGGCGAGAAGGUAAAUUUUGCAUGUUUUCAGCUUUUAUUGGUCACAUUAUCACUGUGUGAACAUGGCUGAUGUCGUGGUGUUUGUCUGUGUCCUCAGGGUGACCCUGGACGCCAUGGGGUUGUAGGGGAGAAAGGACCAAAUGGCCUACCUGUAAGUAUUUGUUCUAGGCUCUGUUUUUAUCCCAGUACCUACCCCCAGCACUCUUUUGAUGUGUUAAACUCAUGGGAAAGGAAUACUGGGGAAAGUUUGCAAGUAUCACACACCUAAACCUGCUCUGAUCACAUUUUUAUUUUCGUAUCGCUCAGAGAAAUCUUUGUUUUGUAUUUUCUCUCCUAGGGUCUCCAAGGAAAGGCUGGUACAAAAGGCUCCAAAGGAGGAGUUGUGAGUAUUACACCAGAAAGAUUUGAACCUAGAGGCUGAGAUUAAAACUCUUGAAGUUAACUUAAAUCUUUUUUUUUUCACACCAGGGGGAUCCAGGGAAGCCUGGGGAGACAGGACCCUCUGGAGAGCCAGGUAUUCCUGUAUGUAUCUGCUGGGCUCUUUAACAGGGGGGAUUACUGGGUCAUAGCCUCUCUGACAUGUCACUUAACCCUGCAACUUUUGACACUCUAGCACCUCGGCUCUAAACUUUACUGACUUGUUCUUAUGUCUUUCCCCGCAGGGUGAGAUUGGCAUCCCAGGAGAGAGGGGAAUAGCAGGACCCAGAGGAGUGGCUGUGAGUUAAUAGUUAUACUCCAAACCAAGGCAAAGCAUACAUACUCUAUCCAGAACCCAGUUUUUAACAAUGAGGUUAAGACCAAAGUGUACAUAUGAGCCCAUGGCAGAAAAGAAAACUAAAUGAAUGUAAAUGUCGUCUCAGGAGACCAUGAUGCAUCGCAGCAAACACUCUGAGAGAAAUAGAUUGAGCUCCUGGCCUGUGAGGUUAAUGGUACUCUGCUCUCCUUUGAGACUGAGUAUUGUGGUUAUACAGUAGCUUGUCAACAUGGAAUUUGUUAGUAAAAGAGGGCCCAUAAUAAGAGUGGGUAUUCAUCAAGCGGGACUUCAUAAACAAAAGGGACGUUGUUUUUUUUACAUCAGCCCCUGUGGCAAGAAAAAAAUAAAUCAAACAGCAAAGACAUUGAUCUACUUCUCUCGUACGCUGCGCUGCAUAAUGAAUCAUGUCUCAACCAAGCUCAUACCUUCUGUUUUGGUUCUUUGAGAAGUUAACAAGAAAAACAUCAAGUGGGAAACAUUACGAAUGCUCAGUUUGUUUCACCACCGAGUGAUCCUCACUUUGAAAUCACCUGACUGUAUCUAACAGGGGGGAAUUGGACCAGUGGGCAACCCCGGACCUGCGGGAGUGAAGGGCUUCCAGGUCAGUCGCAUGACAUUAACAAUUAUUAUCAUGUUUUAUCCUUUUUUUUUUUUCAUUUUUAUCAUGAUUUUUCUCACAAACUGUGUGCGCUGUACUCUAUAGGGAGUAAAAGGAGCCUUAGGAGAUCCAGGUCUUCCAGGUCCAACAGGAAUCCGUGGAGACUUUGGUGAAAGGGUGAGUUUGACGUGCGAGACAAUAUUAAAUGUGUCCUCAGGAUGAAUGACAUCACGCGGUGUUAUCUCUGUGCAGAGCUGCAGUUUUCACAACAUUGUUAAAUCAGAUCUGCUCGAUUAUUAUCAAAUAAUCACCUCAUUAUUUUCCCUAUUAUUCACAUAUCUAUCAAAGCCGUUUGUAAGAUAUCUAAAUGUCGUGAAUAAAAAUAAAGAUUUUAAGUUUUCCUGAAACUUAAUUUUUCUUUACUUUUUAAAAUUCUUUUUAGCAUCCAUCGUUCAAAACUGAAGGGAAAAAAAAGAAAUAAAGUCAACUCUCUUUUAAAUCAAGAUAAAAAAGUCCAUAUUUUGGCACAGUUGCCCAAUCUUUUGGUGCAAUAACUGUUAGAAAAUCCCAGUGUUAGCAUAUUGUUUAAUUCACCUGUAAAUUAAGACAAAAGACAUAUUAAAUUGAGGAAUAUUAUUAUGUUGAUUUAAAAUUGUGUGAUUAUAAAGAAGUUUAUGAUCCAAAACCUCCACUCACUGCAAUCACACCACUUGUAAGAAACAAAUGAAACAGAUUCAAACUUCAAAAGCAGAGACUAAUUUUCAUAAAGGACCUCCUCAAAGUUACUGUACCCUGCAUGCAGACACAGUCGGUGCAGAGAUAUAAGGGCACCCAGCUGAUACCAUCCCGUCCCUCGUCAGUGUUUGGAGUUCAAAACUCAAACCUGAAGGCAGGGAGAGAUCUCAGACACAGAGAGGCCUCCUGUUCAGAAUCCCAGGACAGAACAAAGCGGCUCUUUAUGCAGCUCCAGGUUCCCCUCAGCAAGCCCACCUCACUUCCCUUCAUCCCCCCGUCCGUCUGCCACAGCCGGCCCUCCACUAAAUGCCUCUUCACUUAUUCUCCGUCUUCUUUUUUUUUUUACCAUGUAGGGUCCAGUUGGAGCUUCUGGAGCCAAAGGAGACAUGGUAAAUAUGACCUCCAAGCUUUGAUUUUUCUUCAUGAGGCAUCGCUGUACAAUUUAAGAGACAUAAAGAUAAAAUAAAUUCAUCAGGCGACUGAAUCAGUUAAUCCAGAUCUUGUGUGUCUCUUUAGGGUGUGGCAGGAAGUGACGGUUUACCAGGAGAAAAUGGCGAACCUGUAAGCAUGCCUCUGAAUUUCAUGACUGCCAGCUUAAAAUGGUAAAACAUUUCACUACAUCUCAUCUUUUAUCUGUUGAGUAAAAACCGCCCUUGUUUGCAGGGUCCCUUUGGCCCAGUUGGACAAAAAGGAGAGGUAAGCUCUAUCAGUGUUAUUGUUUAUAUUAAUGAGUCUUCUGUCAGUGUUUAACUCUUUGCAGAGUCAAUAAACUGUUUUUUACACAUAGUACCGAUUUGCCAGUUAGCUCUGGAUAGUGUUGGAUCAGAUGUUGGGAGUGGGCGUAAUUCACAACACAAGUUUGUUCCAAACUCCCUCCACGCUAAACAAUGAAACCUGGUGCGUAGCUUUGAGCUGUCGCCCACUUGUCAGACUCUUUGCACAUGAUUCCGCUUCACAUUCCAGGUUUAAUAGGAUUAAUUAGAGAUUGGUACUGCUGCUGGAGCUUUAUUGGCCUGUUCGCCGCUAUCGCCACAAGGGAGAGAGACGAGUCGCAUUAAACUGCCGCGCAGUUUGUGCUAUGAGAGACACAGCAGUGAUGAGCCUCACUCUCGUGAUCUCAUUUACUGUUUGCUGUACGCAUUCAAGUAAUUAUCGAGCAACAAGACGCCAUAUGAAUCCGCCCCCACAUCGUCUCAUCAGACCCAGUUUGAUCUUCGGAUGGUGCUUAGUCAACAUUCAGCUCAAGCUUACUUGACUCAUGUUUUAAAAGAAAUCGUUGUGUUUUUUUUAAAUCAUGAAAAGUCAUCCAAGAGUAUGUGUUGAUUUUAGUCUGGGAAGCGAGGUGAGCUGGGACCAAAGGGCGUAUCAGGCCCACAAGGAGAGCUCGGGGCAAGAGGGCCCCCAGGAAAACAAGGACCCAUGGGCUUCCAGGGGGAGCAGGGUCAGCCUGGAAUCGCGGGAAAGACAGGUGUACCUGUGAGUGAUUUUAAAUCCUCCUAACUUGGGGUAGAGUUAAGCAAACUAAAUAUUGAAGUAAUACAAUUCUGAUUAAACUGUUUUUUGUUUUUUCAGGGUAAACUAGCAAGUGAGCAGCACAUCAGAGAGCUGUGUGGCUCUAUGAUCGAUGGUGAGAGAUCUUUUUGUUUUAAUCCACUUUAGCUUUGCCUGAUGGUAAAAUGGAAAAUAACCCUCCGGUGUUUUUGUUUUCUGUUGUCUUUUAUCUCGCAGAUCAGAUUGCACAGCUGGCUGCUAACCUCCGAAGACCCCUGGCACCAGGCAUGGUGGGUCGUCCUGGCCCUGCUGGGUCUGCAGGAAGCCCUGGUGUUGCAGGCUCUAUUGGGCAUCCAGGUGCCCGUGGACCUCCAGGUUACAGAGGUCUUCCAGGAGAACUCGGAGACCCUGGUCCAAGAGGUAGAAUAUAAAAUAAGAUUUUCAACCCUCUUUGAAAUUACUGACUUGUUUUGGACUCAAGCAAAGUUGCAACCAACUCCAAAACUUGUCAAAUACAGAAAGGAUUCCCAAAUAAUCACAAAUCUUGUUCCAAUACUCAUAUUUUCAUACUGUCUAAUAAAUAAAAUGGUCUUUGUGUCUUCACUACUCCAAUAAUAUUCAAAUCGAAGGUUUUUGCAUACUAAAAAGGGGAGUUGGAGCUUGUAAAGAGAUGUAACCUUCCUUCAAAGUCGAGUUAUCUUUAAGUAAUAUUGUGUCAAAUAAAAGUGGCAAAGAAAAAGUAAAAGUAUAGACAAAAUGGAUGUACUCUGGUAAAUUCAUUAAUUUCCCUCCAACAUUGAUUAAACUCGUCUAUUUUUUCCUUCAGGUGAUGUUGGAGAGGCGGGUGAUAAGGGAUCUGUUGGCAAAGCCAUUGAUGGCCCAUCUGGAGAUCAGGGAUACCAGGGUAUGUACACCGAGACCACAGCUUGAGCUGAUGGGAUCCAAUUUUUUUUAUGACCAGUUUAGAAGUUGUGAAAUUUUGCUGUGUGAGUAAAGUCUACUGUGGGUUAGUUUCUUUAAUUGGCAUCAACUACACUAACAGAUGUCCAGUUUGUCACCCCACCAGAAAACUCUGAUACUGCUGAGUUCAUUAAGCAACUUUAUGUUGGAAAAUAUCCUCCAAUCUAAAAAACAAGUCUGUUUGUCGUGAAACGAGGCGCAGAAAGGAGGACACAAUGGCGAGACAACGAAUCAGUUUGGCAAGGUUCAAUAAGGCAGGCAAAGGUAAACAACGGCUAGACUAUGACUGAAAAAAUACUGGAAGGAGACACGAGGUACAGCGAACUAGCGAGGAGACACACAAGGUUAAAUACAAGAGGUAAUGAGGGUGAUGGGAAACAAUGGGGAGACAACAUCAGGUAGCAGGUGUGACAAGACGGGGGCAGGGCAGACCAGACAGGAACAAAUCUAGACGACAGAGACAAGGGUUAGUCAACUACAAAAUAAAGCUGGAAAUGUGCAAAACAUAAGUGUGCAAAAAUAAUGGGAAGUAAAAGGAAACUUAACAGACAUGACACUGUUUCAAAACAGAGCCAACAGCCAAACUUUGCCUUUGCUUUUUUCCCUUUAGGUCUCCCAGGUGUACCUGGAAUUGUCAAGGAUGGGCGUGAUGGAUCUCCAGGAGAUCCAGGUGAGCCUGGAGAACCGGGCAGGGUAGGCAGGACUGGACACCAGGGACCUCCUGGAAUCUGUGACACAACAGCCUGCCAGGGAGCAGCAGCCGCUGGAAAAUCCUCCAACCCCAAAAACCAUUAAACCUGACUUCCUGCCACCUGUUGCCCUCCACCCAAGAGAGCAAGGCUGACACAUAAAGGAAUAAAGGAGUGGAGGAAGCAAGUGAUCAGAAAAAUGUCCUCUUUUAUUAAAAACCAGUAUCACAGGAUGGGAGGAGUAACAUCAGCAGGUGUGAUACACUGAGAGGAACAGAGGAACAUCUGAGGAUUGACACAAAAACAUGGCAACUGAGAGAUAAAAACAUCAAGAUGACAUCCAGAAAAAAGUGGAUAGAGGUAAAGAAGAGUUCAAGAGAAAACUGCAUCACUCCAGAUUCUACAAUAUCAAAAAACAAGACUUGACUUAUAAACAGCUGAAGAUGAAUGAUGAGUCCUUUUUGUAUAAAAACUGUACAUGUUGUUUCCAUGCCCCCUUUUCACCUUUGCCCGCAGCGUUCUGACAGAUGACACUUAAAAACAACAGUGACUGUCUCUAAAGUGAAUGUGCAUGUCAUCGCAAGUGUUACCUCAACAUGCAAGCUUACGGUGUGAAAUAUGGAAUUACAGAGGUGAAAGUAAUCUGUCAGAGAGCUGUGUGUGUGUACUGUCAAAUAAAUAAAAAGCACUAAUACACAGGUGCUAACAAAUUCUGUAGAUUGAUGGAAAAACCUUUUUGAUAGUCUUUUUUUACAGCUUUUUUUAUUACAUGUGAAUUUGGUUCUCUAGAGUUGAGAAUCAGAAACAAAAUAAAACGUGUGGAUGCAUACAUCAGUCAUUGUAAAAUCAAUUGAAGGAGCAAAGUAAUUAUUUCAGCAUUUUUUUUUUCCUGCAAUGACCACAUCCACUAUGUACUACCGGUGCUGUAACUAUUAAAUAUACAUGACCUUAAAUACUAUUUAUUAUUUGUGGGUGACUGUUGUAUGUACAGUAAGAUGCUACAGCGACAUGUUGUAAGAAAGAACAAAUAAAGCCACUUUUCAGUAAAA